CGCAGCAGCAUCGCCUCGCGUCUCUCUCCUUGAACCGUUACUACCACCACAUGCGUCCCCGUUUGUAUCAUCCUCGUUAUUAUCAUCCUCGUUAUUAUCAUCCUCCUCCUUCUUGACGUCUUCAUCACACAUACCACCAUCAUCAGCCACCCCAUCAAAUCCCAUGGCAUCGUGCCUGCAGGCAUGGCAUGCUACAGUGGCCCAGCACCACCCCCAGGGGGCAGUCAUCCUGAGUGUGGAUCCUGAUGUCGCAUCAACAGCACCAUCGUCAGCCCCGCUUGACCCCAUGGCAUCGCGCCUGCAAGCGUGGCAUGCCAGUCUGGCCCUGCGCCAUCCCCAGGGGGCAGUCAUCCUGGGCAUUGACCCCGAUGUGUCGGGCGCUGUAGCCGUGCUGCUGGUCAACAGCGAGAGUACCCAGGGGGAGGAGAGGGGCGUGGAUGGGGAUUGUGGGAGAGAGUUGGAGCAUGGGAGGGGGAUGGAGGGAUGGUCGAGGAUGGUGAGAGCGGAGGAUGGGGUUGGGGAAGGCCACGCGGCUGUGUACGGACAGAUUCACGACGUGCCAUUUGAGCUCACAUCCGUUGGCACUUCGAGUCGCAAGAGGCACUCUGCGCAGGCCAUUGCUGCUCUCCUGCACCAGUUACCACCUGCACCGACCCGCCUUGCUUACUUGGAGCACGCCAGGCCAUUCCCCUCGGAUGGCAAGCAGGGCUGGUAUGGCUCUGGUUUCGGCUUUGGCGUGUGGAUGGGCGUGCUGGCAGGCAGUGGCUUUGAGAUCACACCAGUGCCAUCGGUACGGUGGAAAGCCGCCAUUCGCUCGCAGGCGCCUGUUGACUUCACCUCUAAGGAGGACAGCCGUCAGCUGGCUCUGGCCCUCUUCCCGUCCCUAGCUUCAUUCUUGAAACGGAAGAAAGACCAUGGUCGAGCCGAGGCCCUUCUGAUUGCCACAUAUGGCACAAGCCUGUGGGUGCCUGUAGGUGAGGAGGGGAAGAAGACGCGGAGACGAAGAAAGCCAGCUGCCAAUGAUGCAGUGACCAGUGAAAGCGGGGAAGACGGGAUUGCAGUGAAAGCGGAUGACUGCAUUGCAGCUUGAGGCACAUACCUGUGAAUGCAUAAGAGCGGAGAGGAGAGGGGACGAAGGCACGGAGGAGACGAAAGGCAGCUGCCGGUGAAGCAUUGCCGUGACACAAAGAAAGAGCGGAAGACGAGAGUGACUAACUAACAAUUCUUUCAGCAAGGAGGAACUCUCGAGGUCCAUAGGGCCUCAUACCGUGUUUCGAUCCUGCCUGCACUGUUGCCUGGAUGCAGAUGCACUUGGGGUAAACAACUCAUUUGAAUACAAGCUUCGAAAGACCAUGGCAUGGAUGGUCAAGCAAGU